GUUAAAACGUGAGGACAGAAGAAAAAGGAGAUAAAACUGUAUUAACCGUCCCACAAGACCAGAGCUCAGAGAGCUGUGAGAGAGACGAGCUAAGUGCUACAAUGGCUGCUACUUUCCAAUACAUGGUUCCACUUACACCUUCUCUAAAACAGGCCAUUUCUUCUCCUAAUCCAUGGAUUUCUCCCAAACCCAUUUCAGAUUCAAUGGCUUCUUUUCCCUUAAACCGACAGAGACCAGAAGUUUCAGUCUCCGUUGCCUUUAAUCCUUCUGGAAAUUAUGACCUCUCUAUGUUUGACGAUGAAGAUGACUCACCAAAAGUUGAACCUCCAAUGCCACCAACUAAAGGGCGAUUCGAAAUAGUUAUUGAUAAUGAUACUAUAACCCGGCUUGACUUGUCUCCAUUUCAAACUGUAAUUGGGAUUACUUCUCCUUCUUCAGCCGAGCCAAGAGAGUUUCUUGAGCGCACAAUUGGCUUCACCAUAAAUUACACAAAGGAAGAUCCAAAUGACCUUAGAGAACUCUCAGAAUUCCCUGACAUAAGACUUUGGUUUUUGAGACUUGAUGCUGCUUAUCCUUGGUUACCAGUCUUGUUGGACUGGCGGGCUGGUGAACUUGCUCGCUAUGCUGCCAUGUUAGUUCCACACCAGAUGAGUAUGAAAAUGGGAGUGGUGUUCAAUCCUGAGGCAUUGGAAUUGUUCAUCUUGAAUAAAGUUUUCAUAGUGUACGCAUGGUUAAAGCAACAUGAUGUACCAAAGCCUAGAUUGAAAACCAGUGACAUGGCUAGGAUGCUUGGAUUUGGAAUUGGUGAUGAACUUUUCGACUUGAUUGAUCAACACCCAGUUUUGAAAUCAUAAACCAGGAAGACUAGAGAUCCAAAUUCAACAUGAGACAAAGAAUCAAGCUCAGAACAUCCCUUGAGAAAUUGUAAAUCAUUUGAAGAAAGGAAGUUAGGCAAAACCCCUUGCUGGUGAGGGUGAGGCUAAACAAUUUCAUGAACAAAAGAGGAGCUAACUGAGGAUUCUUAGUGAAAAGGCAUAGUUGUUUGGCUUUGGAACUUCAACUAAUUAGGACACUCUGGUCUUCAUACCCCACCCCAUGUCUGUAUUUUUAAUUUAUUAAUACUAUUAUUGAAUACAAAAUGGUCAAAAAGACAUUUGGAGUUCAUUGCAACUGUUGAGUAAUAUAAAAUGUUAGGAGAAAUGAAAGACUUCUAGUUUUUGUCA